CAUGUUUUAUUUAUGUUUUCAUUUUGGUCAUGUUGAUUUGAUCUGGGAAUCGGUUUCGUAGUUUAUUUAUAAAAAUAAAUUGCCAAAAAGGUCAAACAUUGGGAAAUACUAGUAUGAAAUGGAUCCUACACUAGGCAGGGGAUCUUUUCAACGUAUUGUUUUGGAUGAAAUAGCCCUAGAGGGCUUAGAAGGGGUCACACUAGAAUCCCUAUGGGUUUACUUGGGCAAAUCUAUGGGGUUACCACUCCCCUUGCCUGCAAAGGUUUUGCAGCAGGUAUGGGCAUUUAUACUACGUGUUCACAAUCAUUUACAAUUCUAUGAGUUACCAGUGGAGAGGGAGACAGUUAAACUAUUUGAUCGAUAUCAAUUAGUAGACCCUGACUUGGGAGUUCCAAUAACACCGGAUAUUUGUCCAGCCAUUCGUUACAAAUGUAUACCCAUAAGUGAUGGUGAAAAUGUUGGAUCCUGUGAGUAUUAUAAGGAAAGAAAAUUAAUUCCAUAUGAUGUGAUUAAAGAUCUUAGCUUGGAAGACGUACAUGCACGGUGGGGUAAAAAGCUUGUGAUAGUAGCUUCUCAAGAACUUCGCUACAAUGCCCUGACACCGGAAAAUGUACCAAGACCUAAAGAAUUAACACCAAUUCAAUACUGUAUAUGGGAGGCUAUAGGUCGGGCUCGAUUUAAUGGUGAAACCACAUCUGGAACCUGGUCAUUGACACAUUUCUGCAAAGACUCAACUAUUGUGUUUUAUAUAAAGAAUAAAUUAUUACGCCAUGGAGUAGUGGUUAAUCAGUUAUUCAAUGAAAAACGUGGCGAUCGUUUAAGUGUAACUACAUUAUUGACCUUGCCUCGUUUCUACAAUACAAAUCGCAGUCGUCUUAUAAAUAUGGUAGAAAAACUUUUCCUUAUUUUAAAAGAAAAGAAAGACUACACCAUGCCGCUGGUAGAUGUGCGUACAAUAUUUCCAUCCUUUGAACGACAAAAAUCAUUAAAGAAAGCCAUGUUAACACAUUUAUUUCGACAGAUCUUUGAGACAAGGUCUGUUCCAUAUUUAGAAAUUCACCCCAAUGCUAAGUCAAAAGGUGGCCCAACUGGAAGAACCGUAACAAUGGUACGUUUGCGUUAUCCCGAAAAGUCCAUAGAUGACUUGUUUGAAAACAUGGAAAAUGAGAAUGAUAAAAAUAACGAAAAUGAUGAAGAUUUUCACAAUGAAAAACAUUCAUACAUUGAUAUGCCUUUGCGUGAAGAGUUUUAUCAAUGUGUUGCCAGAUAUGGCACUCGUGGUUGUAGUCAAACUGAAAUCUAUCGUCAUAUGGCUAUACACCAUUUGACAUUAAGGCAAAUGGUUAAACAAAUGGUUAACGAUGGUCUCAUAAAAUCCUAUUGCCUUGAUGUUGGCCGUCAGCGUGUGAAUAUGUUUGUGGCAGUCGAACACUCCGAUUCAGUUACGAAAAAAGUCAAAGACUCCAUGGAAGUUCUACAAAAUUUACAAUGUGACGAAGAACCAAAUAUACCCCAGGAAGAUGUACAAUUUACAGAUAUUCCUCAAAUAACAUCACGUAUCAAACCAUUCGAGUAUAAGCUCAAUACGAAUACUGUUCGUGAAAAUCACAGCCAACGCUUGGUCUCCCGUAAAGCCUUUGCCGUAAAAAUGGUCAAUGAAAAAUGCAUUAUAUCUGUUUUGCUGUUACGAAAACUACUGAAAAUCCAUGAAAAAGAAAAAGGUCUCAAAGAUGAAAUUUGUCAGAAAUCUAUACGCCGAAUGCUACUGCACAUGAGUGAAAGUAACAUAGUUCGGGUAUACGAAAUCAUUUUACAAUGCGAGGAACAUAUACGCAUAUAUCGUUAUGUCACACAUCCAAAAAUUGAUAUGGAUCAUCAGGUUAUUAAGAAUGAAAUAUUGAAAUUGAAAAAUAGUUUCUAUUUAAUAUUGGAGGAGAAGCGCAUGCGUAUGUUGUCGUCACUGCGUUUCCAAAAUAAGAAACUAAAAUUGAGUUCCAAAAAGUCGAAGAUUAACGAGACAAAAUUGCCUAGAAAUGUUUUGGUGCCACUAAAGGUGCACAAACCACCGAAAUUCCUUAUAUCAAGAUAUUUGCAUGAGUUUCUGUUCUACAUUGUCGUCGAACUUAACGAACAACAGUCGCCGUUUCAGAUCAAUAAAGAACUGUUGGAACAUUGGCAAAUUUCUGAACCGUCUUUGAGAAUUCCGGAAUAUUUGGAACAAUUAAAAAAUGAGGGUAUUAAUGUGAAACCAUUUACCAGGGAUAUAAGUUGGCGUACGUUUAUUCAGCCAUUGCCCAGAUAUUCUGAUAAACCCGCUGGUUGGGUUUAUUUUGUUGAUGCUGUCGAUCGUAUGCCCUUAUCGAUAUUUAAUAAAAUUUUCCACAUUGACAAGGGAGCUGAUGAACGGUUGACGUCAUACUUAAAUCACCCGGUAAAACAACACUAUCUUAUGCGUCAAUUGCCAUCAGAUUUACAAUACAAAAUUGCCCGUGUCCAAUUGCAAAGGGUUUAUAUUUCCGUUCUUAAACUAUUGAAUCACAUGGGAUUGAUACAGGUUGGUGAACGCCUCAAUGCCAAAGACCCCUUGGUAAUGUGGAUAUUUCUGAAUAGGAAGGCUCGUGCAUUGGACACAACAAAUACAGAACCCUCAUAUAUACGUAUCAAUGCCGAUCGUGAAUAUCAUCCGAUAACCUUUGAUUUACGCAGCUUUGAUGACAUCCAUCAUUACUGGACAACGUUGCAGCGUAUUUGUGUUUACACUAAACUUGGUUUUCGCAGUCGAAAUCCUGGCCGCUCAGAGCGUAUCAAAGAGCUAAGUUUCCUUAACCCAGUGGAUUACGAUGAAGCUCCCCAGCAUGAUGUCGGUUAUCAACCGGGUGAUGGUUUAGGUGCUGCUGGUUUAUCUACCCAACUCUUUGCACACACCUUUCGCAAUUGGUCGUGGUCUGUACAGAGUAAUAAGAAAAUCACUGUACGCAAUUUACGUACAGGACGUACGGCGGGAACGGGUCUGGUACGUUCUUCGAAUAAAAUUCUACGUGUUAAGACGAGUAAAACACGUCAGCAAAUUGCCACAAUUAAACGGGCCAAGGCACAAAGUUCUACGUCCUCGUCGAAGAGUGAUAAGAAUUUAAAAAAGACCGCCCCAAGAGAUGCAAUUGAUCGGGAUGCCUUGAAAAAUAUGCGUACACUGCGUGUAUCAUGGAGCAAGGCAGAGGAUGAAGUCUUGAUGAUAGCCAAGGCAACCUCAGUGUAUGUGGCAGCUCCUAUACCCUCUCUAGGUUUGCUUGCAAUGGGAAAAGUGUGUCGUGACAUAAUCCGUCACAGUUUGGGCAUAUACAAUAAGACGACACAGGCCUGUUGCAGGAGAAUGCAAUUCAUCAUAAGACAAAAGCGUCACAUUCCCCAAGUUCCAUCUUGGUUGCAUGUUCUGCAAACAGACGAGGUGAUACAAAAGAAAUAUGGCGAAAAUUUUUUGCAAAAACUCAAAAAAGCCUAUCCAGUGCGAAGCGAAUUUAUCGACGCCCUACUUAUACACUUUACUCUUAUCAUGUGCCAUCUAUAUAAACUGGUUAAUAACACCCAAGAUUCGGCGGGAAAUUCUAGAUUUUUACUGCCCGAUAGCAUACAAGAAUUUCACAAACGUUUUCUUGAGCGCAUGCCAACCCAAACCGAUGAGGAUAUCAUACUCUACAGAAAUCCUGAAGAUAUCGAUGAUCUGCAUGUUAUGAUUGUUAUGAACGUUUUACAUGCUGCGCUGUGCGCAUAUCGCGAUAAAACGUUAUAUAACCUCCAGGCCUUUGAGAUCUAUAAGAAUUUCUCGGAAGAAAUUUUAAAAACAGCUUUCUGUAAGGCCCGUUCCGAAUCGUUGGCUGUGGCCAUAAAACGUCAAAAUAUUAGCAUGUUUUCUAAUCAGAUUGGUGGUCCCGCCUAUGUGUUGUCUUCAAAAUACCGCCUGAAAUUGUUAUUUUUACGUGUACCCUAUGGUGUUUAUGAUGCAGCUUAUGAAUUUUAUGAACGAGCUUUGCAGUGUUUCUUUGGCUGUGGAGUUGACGCCGGCAGCAGUAGUGCUAAGAAUUAUCUGGAAUUAAAAUCGCCGACUUUGGGUCAAUUUUUUUUUAUUGGCGAAGGUUUAUCUAGACAACUAUUGUCGAUUGAUAUAAAACUACCCGUAAAUAUAUUAACAGUUGAUGUGGAACAAAGUCAUAGCGUUAAUCCAGCAGAUCGUAUUUUAGAUCAUUAUCAAUCUAUAUUUAAUAAUGCUCCAGAGCAAGAAUACACCAAGGCGAUGGAAAAUGAAAGUUCAGGAAAACAGAUUCGUGUCAAAUUCCAUCCCGCCAACCUGAGCUACAAAAUUAAUUACACGCCCUUCGAUUUGAUUUCAAAACUACCCUCCAGAUAUUUACAUUUCUUUUGUGCCCUGGAUUAUAUGGACAAGGAAAUUGAAAUCAAUUUUAGUAAGCUGCAGCGUGAGGAUGAAGAUGGUCAUAUGGAGAUUGCAUGUCCAUUUAAAUGCGUCUUUAAUUCGGUCGAUUAUCUUAGCGAAAUUAAUCGUAUUGUACGAGAAAAGAAAUCAGUAUUAAAUUCUCUCACAGAAAUGGCUCCACAAAAACUACUAAACUUAGCCACGAGUGGUCUAUCCAUGAAAGUUUAUACUUCGAAUUUAUUAACACUAAUACGCAUGUUGGAAUCUUAUUGGUAUGAAAAGGAAAUGCAAUAUGAACGCAAAGAUUUGGGCAAAAAUGCCAGUGCACUGAAAACAACCAACACCAUCGAUUGGAGUGAAUUGUGCAAUGAGAUUUUACAAUUUAAUGUUAAUUUAGAUGAUGAUUAUGAUAAGGCGGAUGAAUAUGAGCCGACACUGAAUAAAGAUGAACGUGUGAUUAGGGCUCAAGAUGUCUUUGUGGUGAAUUUACCCACCAUACAGAUAAAGGCAAAUUCGAAAAUUAUAGAGGAUCCCGAUACAAUUGAUUACAAUGGAGACAUGAAGAUACCAAAGAGAAUAGUUUUCACUGAACAACAAAGGGAGGCAAUAUUGAAGAAAAUUUUGGACGAGGCUUAUUGGAAAUACAACGACAAGACUCUGAACUGUGUUAAGGCCAGAAUGAUUGAAAGUAAUUUCUCUGAUAUGGAACAAAAACAUUUGGAGGAGAUUCACAAUUUCAUUGAAAAACACAAGCUUGGUGUAUCGAUUUUGGAUUUACUGAAAGAAUUUCCCUACGAACAAUUCCUUCUGAAGGCCCUAAAGUUCUUGGAAUCGGAAUAUUUAAUAAAAAGAGUGGGAAUUGCUAAUUUCAUGUAUGUACACAAAGACUAUGUGCGAUCAUGGGUAGUACACACGUUCAAUUUGAAGAGGCUGGAAAGAGAAAAUUUGGGAACUUCAACGGUCGCUUUGAAAAGAACCUAUGAUCAAAUGAAUGCUGGAGAACAAGUAGAGGAAGAUACUGCUGAAACUCAAGCAAAACGGAAACAAUCAGAUAACAAUACUGAUGAAGAAGCUAACGCAAACACCGAAAGCAAACCCACAUCGACAAAACGAGUUUCCAAACCGGUUAAUCGUUAUACUCCCAUGAAAGUGGAAAGCAAUAUGAGCAUAAAUAAUACAAAGGAAAGGGAGGUCAUAGUCCUUAAACCAGUACCGUGGAUACGUUUAAAUGGGUCUAUAAAUCGUCGAGUUUUAGACAGAUGGAUGGGUUCGAUACUAAGUGAGUGUAUUGCCCGUAACGGUUGCAGUGUUAUGGAUAUAUGUAUACGUUUCUCGCAUAUGUUUCCCACGGAUAUUAUGUUUCUCUUGGAAGUUCUAAGAGAUAUUGGUUGUUUGUAUUUAAAACAAAUUCAACAGCAAGAGAUUGAUAUAUUCUCUCAGUAUGAGAAAAUCAAAGAAUCAUCUGUUCCGUUUGUUUUUGAUCCGGAAAGUACGUUCAUACACACACAUGGUGAUGCCUGCUUGCGUUAUUCAUGGUUUAUUGGCAAGAAAAAAUAUUCUGUUGAAUUUAUAUAAAUAAUUAUUUCUGUUUUGCGUUUGAUUCGAAUUGUUUGAUUGUCGAAUUGUAUUGUUUUGUAUACAGUACUCAAAACUUCAUCUUACAGCAUUCAUUGUUCACUUCAUUUUGUUACAUUUAUAUAAUUUCUUAUUGUUUUUCUCUGAAAAAAUAUAUGAUUUUUAUUUCA